GUUAUCACUCUGCAGGGGUCAAAGGGGUCAAAGGGACAUGGCCGCAGAUGGGUACAAAACUUCGGAGCCCACCGUGGAAGAAUGGCAGCAAACUGUGGAUGAGCUAAAACAGGUGGAUCAAACCAUUGAGGAACUCAGAGAGGAGCUGCGACAGUUUGAGGUCCGCAGGAAUCUCAUCGCGGGCAGGGAGGCGCUGCUUCGCCAAAGGCUUGCAGCGAUGGGGCAGGUGCUGACGCCCACCGGCGCUGCAAGCACACGAGGUAGCGAUGCCUCCGAGGCUAGCCCUUCCAGAGAGCCUGUCAUUUUCAACUUGGAUGAUGAUGGUGCCGGCCUUCCCAAGCUCACUCGACCCACCUCUUUGGAGGAUUGGGAACAGGGCUUGGAGAUGCUUAAUACGGCACAAACCCGAGACCGACAGGCGAGCUUGAGGGCACAUUGGCUUCUGAGUGGCAAGAAUGCUGCCAAUUCUCCGGUUCAGAAGAGAUGACAACCUUUGCUUUUGCUGCAGAUGGGCAGCUUGCUCAACCUUCACAAUUCGGGCCAGCUUUCGGCCUUUUGCAGGAUAGUCUCUAAAUUCUAAAUAAAGAAAGCUGGGAGUGCGGAAAGUCCUUAGCCCGGAAGCUGCAUGAAAUGGUGUGAAGGCCCAUAGUGCUUGUGGCCAGCAAAUAUGCUGCACGAUAGGGCGGAGAAGAGAGAUGAGCGGUGUCCGCAGGUUUGAAAU